AAUCCAAUCAAUUAGCCCUUUUGUAGGUUAUGUUGUUAAAAUAAAACUCGAAAUAAAAGGCAUUAAUUAAUUAAAACAUAACAUAAACUCGUCCCUGCAUACAUUUUCACAAUGCUUUCGCGCAACUGGAGACAUCUCUGCCGGCGUUACUCACAGGCUGUAAACUUUAGGACUUCUGAAGCAUCCCCAUCCCAGCACAAUGACAACCAAGUCGGCAUGUUCUACACGCUCAAGCCCGAGGUGGUGAAGCAGCUGUUCGCGCACGGCGGGUUCCCCAAGAGCUUCCAGAAGCAGAACAAGACUUUCACGGAGACCAGCAUUAUGGUGCGGCAGCCGGCCCUGGAUGUCAUGGAGUGCAUUAAGGCUACGGAUUUCGAUAAGCCGGUUGUUAGAUAUGUUAUUUACGGCGAGAAAGGCUCCGGCAAGUCCCUCACGAUGGCGCACCUCCUCCACUACGCCCACACUGAAGGCUUCCUCAUAGUGCAUGUGCCUUGGGUAUCGGAAUGGCUCCGGCGCAUCCCGCGCCACAAGGAGAUGUCCAACUCCACGACUCGCGAGGGCUUCGUCGACCUGCCCCUGGACGCGGCCGCGUGGCUCCUGCACUUCAAGACACAGAACCAGGCACUGCUUAAAAAUCCAGAUUUGGUCCUCUCAAAAGAGUACGUGUGGAGCAAACGCGAGACGACGGAGGCGGGGGCGCCACUGUCGCAGCUCGUGGAGCACGGCAUCAACCGGGUCAAAUAUGCUUGUGACGUCGUCGACGCGCUCGUGCAGGAAAUCAAACUGCUGUCCAGCAGUAAACGUUGCAAAACGUUCGUGGCGGUGGACGGCUUCAACGGUUUCUUUUACCCACUGACUCGCCUGCGGACCCCCAGCAAGCGCGAGGUCAGGCCCGAGGAGGUCACGCUCACUACCUCCUUCUUGGACCUCACCAACAACGACUGGAGCAAUGGCGUAGUUGUGGUGACAGCCGACCAGUUGGCGGUGCCCGAUGAUCACCAGGAGUCCUACUUACCCAAAUACUUGCUGUACAAAAAGGGCUUUGAGCACUUAGACCCCUUCAUUCCAGUAGAAGUCGGCCGCUACUCAGAAAAAGAAUUCCUAUCUUGUGCCAGCUACUACCGCGACCGGCUCUGGCUGCGAGGCCCCGACGAGGUGGAGACGGAACUCAAGUUUGUGAGCGCUGGCAACCCUUAUAGGUUUAUGGAGCUGUGUGCUCCGUUGUAAAGUUAUAAUAUAGGAUAAUAUAUUUGUAUGUAGAUAUUUA